AUGACUAAUAACGUAACAGGUUAUGGGCCCAGUAACAGCCGAUUGAUAUUCGACGGUGACGAACGGAGGUACGAAUUAUGGGAGGUCAAAUUUCUUGGAUAUCUACGAUUGAAAAAGUUGAGUGAAACCAUUCUCACGCCAUUGGCGGACGAUGCCAGUCAAGAAGUUAUAGCAGCUGAUUCAAUAAAAAACAUGGAUGCAUUCGCCGAGUUAAUACAAUUCUUAGAUGAUAGAAGUCUAUCUCUGGUCAUUCGAGAUGCGGCAAACGACGGCCGAAAAGCUUUGGGAAUUCUACGGGAGCACUAUUUGUCAAAAGGAAAACCACGUGUUAUAUCAUUGUACACCGAGUUAACUUCGUUAAAAAAAUCAGCUGACGAAGAUAUCACCGACUAUAUGCUGAGAGCAGAGACAUCAGCUACUUCACUUAAAUCGGCAGGAGAACAGGUCAGCGAUAGCUUACUGAUUGCUAUGAUUAUAAAGGGACUACCUUCUGCAGAAUACAAGCCUUUUUCAACGGUAGUGACACAAAAGGACAAAGAACUAUCUUUCAGUGAAUUCAAAGUUUCACUGCGAAGCUUUGAAGAGACACAAAAACUAUCCACUGAGUGUGCCAAAGAGGACAGCGUCAUGAAAGUUAAUACUGGGAAACCAUCAUACAAAUCGAAGAAAGAUCUAAUUUGCUAUGGAUGCGGAAAGGCAGGACAUAAAAAAUCGGAAUGUCGUGUAAAGAAGCGCUGGUGUGACACGUGCAAGAAUCAUACUCACGAUACUGAGAAAUGUCGCAAGAAGAAGCAAGAAGAUGAUGCAACAAAAGCAGUAAGAGACACUAAUAUAAAUAAUAAUAGUGUGCAUGAAGAAAAUCAUUAAUUUGUAUUUCAAGUAGGAGUAGAUGUAACUAAUAUAGAUAAUGUAAAUGGGUUGCUUGUGGACUGUGGGGCCACCACCCAUAUUGUGCAUGAUAUUAGUAAGUUUAUAAAUUUUGAUAAACAGUUUAGUCCUGAGCAUCAUUAUAUUGAGUUGGCGGAUGGUAGUAGGUCUAAUAAUGUUGCGUUGAAAAGGGGAGAUGCAAAUGUUGAGUUGUGUGAUGUAGAUGGAAAUGUGCAAAAGGCUCUUCUCAGAAAUGCCCUGUAUAUGUCCCCUCUUACAAACAGGACAUAUUCUCUGUUCGGGCUGCAACUAGUAGAGGUUCCACGGUAAGUUUUUCACCCAAUAAUGCCAAACUUAUAAGUCCAAAUGGCACAGAAUUUAAGAUAGAGCAGAACGGUAAGUUGUACUAUUUAAACAGUGUGGUUUCAUCCAGUUUGUCUAGGCAACAAGGUAAGUCUAAGUCGUUGAAAGAUUGGCACGAGAUACUAGGCCACUGCAAUUUAAGUAAUGUGUUAGCCUUAGAAAAUGUUGUAGAUGGGAUGAAAAUAACAGGUAAGAAAGAAUUUGACUGUGGGGUAUGUGUUAUGGGGAAAAUGACCCAACCCAGAAAUUGAAAACCCGAUAGACGUGCAACAAAGAUACUAGAAUUAGUACAUUGUGACCUAGCGGGACCAGUUGACUCCAUUGCUAAAGAAGGUUUUAGAUAUGCCCUUGCCUUUGUUGAUGAUUAUUCAGGUAUAGUCAUGAUUUACUUUAUACGGCACAAGAGUGACACUCUGAAGGCUACUGAAACAUUCUUAGCUGACUCAAGUCCAUACGGUAAGAUUAAAUGUAUAAGAAGUGACAACGGAACCGAGUUUACCUCGGAAGCCUUUGAAAAUCUUUUGAUCAAACACUGCAUAAAACAUGAAAAGUCAGCCCCUUAUUCGCCACAUCAAAACGGCACAGUUGAAAGAGUCUGGAGAUCUAUUUUUGAUAUGGCUAAAUGCCUACUUAUUGAGGCCAAAUUACCUAAAACACUCUGGACGUAUGCAGUUAUGGCUGCAGUGUACAUACGAAAUCGUUGUUACAACCAUAGACUUAAGAAAACACCUUAUGAAGUAUUUACCAGUCAAAAACCCAAUUUGCAAAAUAUGCAUGUUUUUGGCACAGUGUGCUACACGUAUGUGCAGGAAAAGAAGAAAUUGGACCCAAGAGGGGAAGAAGGAAUUUUCGUAGGGUAUGAUAAGGGAAGCCCAGCCUACCUUAUAUAUUUUCCAGAAACAGGAUCAAUUAAGAGAAUCCGUUGUGUUCGUUUCACUGAUAAAUUUGUAAAUGACAAGAAUACAGAAGAAAGCCCUCAAUUAAAUAUUGAGGACGAAAUGAUUGUUAGCUUGCCAUCUUGUCCAUCAGAUCCCCAACCGACAAAUGAAAAUGAGAAUCAUGUAGUUCCCCCAAAUCCAGUAAGUGAUUUAAAUAAUGAUAUUGGUGAUCCAUUAAUGAUAAGGGUGGGAAUGUCCAAUUACCAGAAACUAGGUACCCUAGUCGUAACCGGGCAAAGCCAAAGUAUUUAG